AUGGCAGGUUUGAGUCGGCGUGAGCUGCAAGCGCUAGCAAAGAAGCAUGGAAUCAAAGCGAACAUGAAGAGCGAAGACAUCCUCUCGGCACUGACCAGCUCCGGUCUCCUGGACAAUGUCUCCAAUCAAGAUGACCAGGCUGCCAUUGAUGCAGCAUCCGCCAACUCUCAAGUCUCUUCAGCAUCGCCGUCCGCAGGGCAGCAGUCUGCCUCGUCUCCCAAAUCUAGGAGAUCCUCUGCGCGAACUCCUAGGAGAUCCUCUGUGCGAACUCCUGGUACAGGUAAACGCCAGGUCCAGACCCCGCGCAAGAGUGAGAAAUUCGCUGAAGCUGCCCCGCGAGCUUCUGAAGUUAAUCGCAAGUCACAUAGCAGCAAGGAGUUGGUUGCGAAUGGAGUUCCAUCCGGCAAGAAGAGUAAGCUGUCGCCUUCCAUAUCCAAGCAUCGCGAGUCAAGCUCGAGGUCCCAGUGCCUGAAACCACGUCAUUCCUCGCAGAAAAGGAAGGCAGACGAGUCAGUCGAUGAGCGCAGCAGCAAGAGGCGCCGGACUUCGCAACCAGAGGUCAAAUCUCGAGCAGCGGCCAAGACAACUGUAUCUACGACUAUCUCGGGAGGAAAGGAGAAGAAUCUCCCAGGAGAGAGCCAGGCGGUCAAGGCCAAGCACCCCGCGGUGAAAGACUUCGACAGGAUUCAUCAGCGGCAGUUUGAGAAGAUGCGCUCGAUCGCCAGUUCCAAGGCUGCUGAUGUUUCAAAGACGACCGUGAAGGUCAAUCGCAAGAGCUCGGUGACAGAAACCAAGGCUAGCUCCACCGCUUCGAAACCUCCUCAACUUGGAGUCAAGAGCCCCAGCAGAACCGGGUACAAGCCGCCCUCUCCAUUUAUGAUCAAGAAAAGCCUCAAGCCGCUGACGACUGCGAUUCCAUUCAAGCUCAGCCAAGCGCGAGAGGCAAGUCAGAGGAGUUCUCAGAAGGUGGAUGAAACUCUGAAAAAGGCAACAACCCCUCGCAAAUCGUUGACAAGGAACAUCAAAACAUUUUCAGCCGAUGCAAAAAUGCAAUCAGCCUCAAAGCACAGGCAAAUAAAGUGA